AUGGCUCCAUCUAUAGCGAAUAUUAUUGGCUGUCGAAUGUUUUCAGAAAAGUUGUGUUUUGUCUGUGCAACGGCAUUUAUUGUCCUCUCAACGUACUUUUUUGUCGUGCGACCAGCCUUGAUUUUGUACAUAUUCUCCGGGUUUUUCGUGGUCGCAAUGGUCUUCCGAGUAAUAAACUACUGGCGGUCGAAUUACCUACUUUUCAUGUUGGAUACCUGCUAUUUGAUCAACCUAAUAUCUCUCUGUCUUAUUUGGGCCUUUCCAACAUGUCAUAAGCUACAACGUAUCCAGUUUGGACUAGCCAACGCACAUGCGUAUAGCGGAGCGUUUCUGUUUCGGAACGCCCUAGUGCUGCAUGAUUUUCAAAAAUUGGUUUCCUCAUUCAUUCACAUAUUACCGGUGAUUUUCUCCUAUCUACUGCGGUGGUUUCCGUCAGAGACAUCCACCUUGUGGUACACUGCAUUUUCCGAUACCGGCGCUAAACCCAACAUAUACCUCUGGAUUCAUGACCUGGAUUGGUUUUAUGUGAUGCUUAUUCCCCUCACAAUUUUUACUGCACGAGAGAUUCUGUACUACCUAAUCAUUUAUGGCUGUGUGAAACCGAGUGAAAAGCAUUUGGACAGUUAUCGGUACAUGCACAAAAAGAAACUAUUGGCCCAUUUACUCUGGAAUCGUUUCCAUGCGAGAUGGCAUUUGUUGAUCUGGAUCGUCUUCUGCAUCCUGUCCAGUGUUGUGGUUCUGUGUCUCGCCCUGAUCGCUUGGUGUAGCUACUUAUUCCACAGUUGCCUGAUAAUCAUCCAGUUGCUCACUAUCAGUUGGAAUGGUGCUUGCUACUACGUGGAUUAUUACCCCAUCGAAGUACAACGCCGAUGUCCUCAACCGUUGAACAAAUUGCCGCUGGAAGUCUUAAAUCCGGAGGAUCAUGAGCUCCUGAAGAACAUAGAUGAAGGGAAAAAUCCUGGCGGGAUGUGCGAAAGUGAUGCUGACGUCCCCUGUAGAUUGGUUAGCUGUGAAUCUGCGCACAAGAUUACCGAACUAACAUGUCACUCUGCACAUUCCGUCGAUUCUUCGACGAAUGUUAUGUUAGAAUAUGACAGCAUGGCUUCGAAGGAGCGCAAUGGGGAUAAUAUUGCUGUUUGAAGACGUAUAUUUUGGUCACACAGCCAAUUGGUGCACGAUUUUGUCCCGGUUUUAUUCUCAUUUUCAUUCCUCUGUCCGUCGGUCUCACUUACUGUCUCAGGACGCGUAUCUGUACGCACUUAGAUCUGUUGGUAGCAUUAUUGUUGUCUUUCUCCUAGGUUUUGCACGUACUCACUUUGCUGUUAUUUUCAGUUUGUCAUAUAGUCACCUACCACUCUAAAAGAAUUGCCAUUCACUAGUUUUUCAUGUUAUUUGCCCUGGUUACGUAUCCUAUUCACGCCACCCUCCAAUGCCGUAAUAUGUUGUUCGC